ACUGGAUAGACGUGUGUUAUCUGUAGAAUAAUAAUAGAUUUAUUUUUCAAUAAUUUUAGUCUAGUUUUAGUUAAGUGUGAAGUGUUUUAAAGUGAAUUGAAAUUAAAAAUACCAGGUUGAAUGGUUUAAAAUUGGAUGGAAAACACUUUGUAACUUUGCUAAAUAUCGUAAAAUUAAUAUUUAAAAUAACUGUAAUUUAAGUGAAAUUAUUAAUAAGUGAAUUUGAUUCCAUAAGAAAACUUAACUUAAGCUUAACUUAGUGUUUAACUUAAAGAACGAAGUGAACUAGAACGGUUACGCUUACAGCCCACCCUUCUUAUAAAACAGGAUUCAUGCACUAAAGGGGAAUUAUUACGCUUAAAACAAUGGAUUCACCAAAAAUCGUGUACAAAUACUACUCAAAUCCAGCAUUUUGUUCACAAAGCGAAGUUGUAUUCGCACAGAAAACAUGCAUGACAAAGAUUGUGUCGCCCGAAAGGCAACGGAUGUCACCUUUAGGCGGGAACUCGCCUAGAAAGAUCGAAAUAGGCAACAGAAUAAUGAGGACAGAUAUAUCUGACAACCCUCUUCGCAUGUCACCUGCCGGAGCUCCAAGAUACAGAGAGGAGCCACCUGAAUUGCCGCCAAAACCUCCCAAAUUCCAAAACAGGAGUUUUCAGAGACAAUCUUCUUUAGUUUAUAAACCUACGAGGUCAGUGAGAUGUAGAACGAGAAGUGAGGAUUUAGAAAUGGCACAAUUGAAGCAGCAAAGACGGUCCAGGUUUGACAGACUAGCAGACAGCGACGAUGGUUUAGAAGAUAGUCGAACAAAACAUAGAUAUGAAGUCAUACAAGAUUUUGACGAUAUAGUAGACUAUUCUCACAAAAAGAGAAUAGUACAAGCAAAACCUGAUGAGAUUGAAGAGUAUAACGUUGAUGGGCCUGACGAAAACGAACUGAAAGAAAUACCGACUGAAAUUGUGAAGACUGUUAACGGUAGAACGUUAAGAUACGCUAUAAUACCAACUGAAGAUGAUGAGCCUAGGAAAUGUAACGUAACUUUUACAUCUCCUGUAAUGUCUAAAAAGAAUUUGAUAGCAACUCAAAAGUUACACGAGCUUCUAUCAACGCCGAGGAAAUUGAAAAGUUAUGGAAGCCAGCCUUCAGUUAGAAUAACACCAAAUAAAUCUGUAGACAACAAAUAUUCGGAAACGCCAAGAAAGUUUGUUUCGAGCACUCCGACUCAAGGAGUUACUCCGUCGAAGUCUUGUGCGAAUUUGACUUCUAGAACUAGUGCUCCGACUUCGCCAAUUUCGCCUAAAGCCCAACAGAAGUUAAACUAUGGAUUACCGGAGAAACUGCCAAAUUUACCAGCGUUUGACAGACAUGAUGUGUUUGUGACUAGUUUUAGAGAUAAGAGCAGAGAUAGGAGUUUUGACUUAGAGAGGGAGAUGAGUAGAGAGAAGGGAUUAUGAAAGGAGAGGGAAAGCCAGAGGAAGGAUAAGAAUACUGCUGUUAUUAUACCUAGGGUAGCCUCCCCACCAUGUGUACUCGAAGAGACCUACAAGUCAUUCUCGAGCCUCAAGACAUUGUCAGGAGCAACAGCCUCCUUACUCAUAGCGGCCAUCAUGUUGACGAUGUGUGGCGGACUGACGGCCGGCUUGAGUUUCUAUAUGAUGUAUGCGAUCGGUAGGCGCUAUUAUUUAGACUUCGGCGUUCUCGCUGGUUUCACCUGCUUGCUGGGACUACUUGGAUUCAGGACGAAAAGACAACAGUUACUGCCUAACAGGAAUUAUAUAUCUGGUUACAUCGUCCUCUCAUCAUCUCUACUCAGCGCGUUCGGUCUACUCAUUCUACUAUGUCUAGAACCAAAACCAGGGACGCCACUAAACGACAUCACCUCAGGAGCCGUUUGUGGUGUCAGUCUACUGUCUUUGUGCUUGGCUACGAUUGGUGUGCUCGCUUCUUACUGCUGUGUGAAAGACCCGCCGGAUAACCGAGUUGGAACUACGAGGUGGUAUUGAGAAUUUGAGUAAUUUGUGGGAAGAAUAAGUAUGAGCACACUGAGAUCUAUUUUUUAUUUAUAUAAUUGCAGAACUGGUUUAGACCAUUUAGUACCUAUGGCUGGCAUAUGGUAUUCUCAAAUAAGUUAUAAGCUACUUAUCGAAGUGAACCGUGGAGGUGGAAACUGCUUAAUACCAAUAGGUCCCAUGUUUUUCAGGACACCAAUUUUCAUAGUAUUUCUUACCAUCGUUUUCAUGAUCUAAGUAUGUUAUUCUACAACUGAUAUAAAAUAAUCAUUUGAAAAUGUUAUUUUCUCCUAUUUAUCCAUACAGACGCAACUAAAUGCAGUAACGAGUAGGUGGAACUAUCCUUUCGUAUUUUAACAAACUUGAGUUUUUGCUAAGUAUUAUUGCUAUGAUUAAAAUUGUAGGCUUUAUAAUAGCGGUUUCAAUAUUUCUGUAAUAUGUAUCGAAAUGUAUAUUUUGGAAAAAUAUUAUUUAAUUAAAUAAGAAUUUAGUUUACAUCUCAAACUUAUACGUCUUUUUACAUAAGUUGUAUUCAGUUUUGUUCUAAUUUCAUUGGUAAUAUACCGAAUGUCUAUGAUGUGUUUUAUUAUAAGAUAGUUUAGAUACCAAAGCAGGUCCAAAUUUAAAUUAUCUGUAUUUUAUUAUGUGGUUGUUGUAAAAUUUUAAUAAAUGAAAAUCGGAUUAAUAUUUUA